AUGGAGGGAGGGCGGCCGAGCGCGGGCGUGAGGAGAGGCGGCGCCGCGAAGGAGGCUCGGCCGCUCCGGCGGGAGCUGUGCCGUAAGGCAGCCGGGCUGCGGCGCGGCGGCGCCCGGUUCGUCACGCGGUUUGUCGUCCCGCAGGUGCGGGGCACGGGCGGCAGCAGCGCCGUCAGCAAAUGCUCAGCGGCGGAGCGGGGAUACGUGCGGGACCGCUUCGUGCGGCUCCUCGCGGGCCGGCCGCGGAGGAGAACUGCGCUCAUCCACCGAGGUUAUUAUGUCCGUGCCCGUGCUGUAGAUCACUGUGUUCAAGAUUUCCUGCUGAAGACCAGAAGUCAUCCUAGGAGACAGAUCCUGUCUCUAGGUGCUGGCUUUGACUCCUUGUACUUCCGUUUGAAAGACAUGGAUCUUCUACAUCACACUGUAAUGUAUGAGGUGGAUUUCCCAAGUGUGGCGUGCCAAAAAGCUGCUCUGAUCAAGAGGACGGAAGAGUUGUCAGCACUGGUGGGAGAUGCUGGAGCAGAAGGGUUAGGUAUGGUGUUUGUGGAAAAUGUUCUGGAUGCUGCAUGUAUGGAAGAAGGAAAAAAAAGCUUCAGCCUUUAAAAACUGAGUUGUUUUAGAGGAACUCGGAAGUGUGUGUGUGUAGUAAGAACGUGUGUGAGGUACGUGUUUAUUUUGUGAAAAAAAUCAGAACCGUUUGGAAGCAUUGGGAGACAACAAGAUGCAGAACUGCUCGGAAGUUUUUGAGGAGCAGAUUACAUCAAACAAAGCUCAGUGUAUUUUGUGGCAACUUUUUAAGUAUUGUGUCUAACUUUGGACUUAC